AUGUUUGCUGGUUCAUUGGACCAAUUCGAUCAGGAUGCGGUCGAUGUAUGCGAAGUUGUCUUCGAUCUUACAGCGAAGCUCAGCCUUGAAGAUGAGGUGGUAGAAGAUGUUUCAACGAGCGAAUCGCACGGAUCACCUGUGGGUUUUGUUUUCAUUAGAGAUCAUAAGCUCAAAUUGCAGAUGAUUGUACAUGAAGAACCUGUUCCAUCGACAGAAUAUUUUGACGAGGUUACGGGAGAGAUGGUUACAGUUCCCGGAAAGAUGCAUAAAGAGCCAGCAAAUAGUAAAGAAAGGCGAAAAGAACGUAGGAGGAAAGCUAGAGAAGCUAUGAAGAAUGGUCUGGUUCCUCAUGAAGUUGAAAAUGAUACAAGUGAAGAAGAAGAUGAGAGGAUACAAAUGAGAGAAGGUGAGGAUUUUUAA